AAUUUCAAUGGCAAAAGGCUCAAUUUCAUCUCUUUUCUACUUGUUUACACGUAAAAGAACAACUUUUUCAAACCUCAAAUCUCUUCUUUUCAAUCACUCGUUAACUUCUUCUUCACAUUCUCAAUUUCACCACCCAUUUCGUCCCUUUUCGACCCAUUUGUUGAACCCUCGUUGUAUCACUAGUUUCUCACAAAGUUUAACCCUUUACGGUGAUAGAACCCUCCCCACAAGACCCUUUUCCACCGCCGGCGAGGAUGGUGGUGCUGCGACUGACGAGGAUUCGCAAUUCGAAAAGGGUAUUGGUAAUUUUGAGGUUGGAACUAAGGUUAGUGAUGAUGUUUGUGAUUUAUCAGAAAAUGGGGUUGUUUUAGAUUAUGGUAAUGAUGAAUGUUAUUCAAAUAUUGUUGAUUCUGUAGAAUGUAGUAAUAGUAGUAUUAGUUGUACUAGUAAUGAUAAUAGGGAUGAUGAUGAAUUAGAGGAUUUUACUCAUGUGGCGUCGAAAGAUCCUGUUGAAUUAUAUGGUGAGCUUAAGAGUGUUGAAAAGGGUGUUAAGUUGGCUAGAGCUGAGGUGGAUGUUUUAACAGAUGUGUUCGAUUAUUUUGCGAAAUCGGGCUGGGCGUCAAACCAAGCACUUGCUAUUUACAUUGGUUUAUCGUUUUUUCCGACUGCUGCACACAAGUUUCGGAACUUUUUCAGGAAGAGAUGUUCUGCUGAUGUUGCCAAGUACUUGAUUUCACUCGGACCGUGUGAUGUUGCUGUGAGGUUUUUGUUUCCGGUAUUUGUUGAGUUUUGUUUGGUUAAUUUUCCUGAUGAAAUUAAGAGGUUUAGGGAUAUGGUUAAGUCAGCUGACCUCACGAAACCUCACACUUGGUUUCCUUUUGCGAGGGCGAUGAAACGGAAAAUAAUUUAUCAUUGUGGUCCUACUAAUAGUGGUAAAACUUAUAAUGCUUUGCAAAGGUUUAUGGAGGCAAAGAAGGGGAUUUAUUGUAGUCCACUUGGAUUGUUGGCUAUGGAGGUUUUCGAUAAGGUUAAUGUGAAGGGUGUUUAUUGUAGUUUGUUAACUGGUCAAGAGAAGAAGCAUGUACCAUUUGCAAAUCAUGUUGCGUGUACUGUGGAAAUGGCUUCGACGCAGGAAUUGUAUGAAGUUGCUAUUGUUGAUGAGAUUCAGAUGAUGGCGGAUCCUUAUAGAGGGUAUGCAUGGACUAGGGCGCUGCUUGGUUUGAAGGCUGACGAGAUACAUUUAUGCGGUGAUCCUAGUGUUUUGGAUAUUGUUCGAAAGAUCCUAGUGUUUUGGAUAUUGUUCGAAAGAUAUGGAUGGACUAGGGCGUUGCUAUUGUUUUACGAUAUGCUAUUUUUUUUAUGAAUAAAGUGUUGUCAAAUAGCAGCUAUUUUUUCCACGUGCAUCAAAGAAUUAAAGAAACGGCAUGAAAAUUCGUACACUCUGAUCGUUUGAAGAAAAUAAUUGCAUAAUAUGUUAAUGACUUUGGAGGUCAUAAUCAACUACCACUGCAAUAUAACACUAUAUACCAGCUAUUCUCACAAACUCAUUGUACUUUUGUAGCCAAAAUUGUGGAUUAGAGACCAAGUUCGAAAAAAGGAGAAAGAAAUAGCACUUUAGAAAGGAAUGAAGGAUAUUGACAUUCAUAGUGGGGAGAAGAAACAUACUACAGCUCCAGGUGGUAAAAAGCCGACAUUGAUACAAAAUUUGUGAAUGUCUUUGAGCGACUUGUUGGAAAUGGGAUAAAACCCAAAGUUAGGUUCGUUGUUGGAAGAAAAAUCAGCUCUGCUUGUUAAGACUACAUGUUUGAGCUGAUUGAAAACAACAAUCUGGACAAGGAUCGUAGAGACCGGAUUGCUAAUCCACGUCCUGA